AUGAUGGAGAUGAUGGAGAUGAUGGAGAUGAUGGGUGAUGGGGAUGAAGAGGGUGAUGGGGAUGAUGGAGAUGAUGGGGAUGAUGGGGGUGAUGGGGAUGAAGGGGAUGAUGGAGAUGAUGGAGAUGAUGGGGGGGGUGAUGGGGAUGAUGGGGGUGAUGGAGAUGAUGGGGAUGAUGGGGAUGAUGGGGGUGAUGGGGGUGAUGGGGAUGAUGGAUGA